GUUUCUGCCAGCUUUAAUCACAAUCAUGGGUCACUAUACCAUGCAAAUUCAACUGAUCCACCUGCGGCUAUUACACAGAUCCACCUAUGGCUUCAAAAUAAGCCACACAACUCAACAAAAUGGUUGGCCACUUGGUUCAGUACUCCAGAAGAUGGUACCCUUAAUCUCCUCCAUGUGCUCUCUCCACUGCACGGGCUGCCUUAA